CGUGCUAUGAGUAGAUUUUUAGUAAAUAAUUUUCGCACCCAUUGCCAUCGCCAUCACCAUCACCAUCGCCAUGACAGUAUACUAGUUAUGAAACCUAUUACACCUAAUUACGAAACAUAUACAAGGUUUCAUUUCCUUAUCCGGUCUUCAGUAUCGAUAACAGCCUGACAUAAGUAUGUAAUUGCAGGCUUAUGCAAGACUCAGCCGUGUAGAAAACGAAUUUAACAAAGUCAAAUUUUAUUGCUUCAUUGAUGACUGCAAUCUUCGCGAGAACUGCAGACUUAAGCUGGAGGAAGUGCAAGAAGGAGAUCGCGUUGUGUUUCCAGGAUCGCAGACGCAAUACAGGCUGAAACCGACCGAAGAAUUUGAACCGCAGGAUUCUGUGAUCUCGGACAAUGACCCAAACUAUCUGGAACAACUCUCGCGUGCAGUUUUGGAAUCGCUGGGCAUGUUCAAAAGUGAAACGGAUGCAAAAAGGUAUUUGGAAGCUGACAUGUGGUGUCACUUCGGAAGAGCCAUAAUCCGAGGACCCAAUGAAGACGAAGCUGCUGAGGGAGUGUGGAGUAUCGAGGACGCAACCGGAAAGUUCCGAUCAUCAGCAGAAGGAAAUUAUUGGAAAGUUGCAUUUAAUGAGGGAGUGGAUGUCUUGGAAGAUAUCUUCAAAAUGCAUUAUCGCGAAAAAAUGCCUGAGGAAUAUACCGAAUAUGCCACAAGAUAUGACUUAACAUUUCUAUCUCCAUGUUGUUAUCAAAUACGGUGCAAGGUGUGGGUAGCAAAGGAGGCUACCAGGAAAAAGUUGGAGGACAUUCCAAUCCCGUCUAGUGACGUCAAAAACAUCCUGGAAGAGAUUCACUUUGAAGACGAAUCAACCCGUUCAAGAUGUCGAGGGUGGCUAAUUGUUGCAUCAAGAAGAUAUUUACAGGCCGACAUUUUAUUUCCCGGAUGCGAAUUUGAUUGCAGAUUUUCCAUUCGCGGAAAAACAGAACGUGCCGAAGCUUUUGACUAUGUACCUAAAGAAGAAGUAAGACGCGUUUUGUCACAAUAUCUGUCUGGACUGACUUUGACCAAAGAUGAUGCUUUUGGACUACGUCUACCAGAGAAAGAGAUACCCGAGGGAUUUCGCUUUAUUCAUAAGCGGUCCUCCAAACGAACAGUGUACCCGGCCAAGCCAGGAUUUAGCAUCAUUUUAUCAAAGGAAUGUUCAUGGCGAAGUGUCGUAGCAGAGGAAAGUUCCAGAGAAUCGAUUGACCUCCAUUUACAUUGCGAUGAAUGGGACCAGUCAUUCAGCAGCGGGCAAUGGGAACCAGAGGUCAUAGUUCGUAAACUACCAGAGUUUCUUCAGUUUGUAAAAGAAGUUCAAGGUUUUGUUGUUCGUGAAAUACAAAGAAGUGGACCACUGGAAGCUCCUCCAGAGAUUCUAGCGCGCGGACAGUUAGCUUUGGAAGUUUAUAAUAAUGCCCUAGCUGAAGGCAAAGCGUCUGUCAAGAGGGUACCAUUGAUGUUGAUUGGACAAGACCGAUCAGGGAAAACCAGCUUAAAGAAGUCAUUGAAAGGCAUAGUUUUCGAUCCAGAUGAAGACAGCACUGUCGGCAUUGAUGUGGAUCGAUAUCAUUUCAAAGUCACCACUGAAACUUGGAUGACGGGAAUGAGAGAUGAAGAGUCAACUACUGAUGCAGAAGCCUUUUCUUUUGAGCAUAACGCGGCACGGUUGGUUGCUGAAAGAUUGAUGGAAGUAGACAACGUUAUUGGGAGUGAAAGAAGAGCUGACGUUGGUUCAGAAAACUAUGGACUAGAGAUGACUGAAAUCCCGAUUGAAACUCAGUUCCGUGAGUCAUCAACAGAUCCAGAACCAAUUGAUUCACAGAAGCCUGAUCUACUAGCUGGGGAAGUACCUGAUUCAAGAGAAUUUAGUAUCGAAGGCGAUGCUCUUUUCAUCACACAAGUGCAAAUGUCAAAUUUUGAAGAGAUUGCUGGUAGAACGGAAACGCUACUUCAAGAUGGUUGGGCAGAAAACAGCGGUGACAUCCACUCAAUUAUGUGGGAUUUUGCAGGACAGUCGGUUUACUAUGUGACACACCCACUAUUUCUCACAGCAAGAGCAAUCUAUUUGUUGGCUUAUGACCUCAGCCAAAGUCCGUAUGACAUAGCCAAACCUGUCGUGAAGCAAGGAGUGUUUAAGGAGUUUCAAGAUAACUUCAAUCUAAAAACCAAUUUAGAUUAUUUAGAUUUCUGGUUGACUUCUGUGGCUUCCCUAGCCAGUCAGGACCAACAGACUGAUAUAGGCCAUGAAUCUGAGGUGUUGCCAAAGAAAAUUCCAGCGGUUUUCUUAGUGUGCACUCAUGCUGAUGAACCUCAUAAGGGUUGUGAUCCAUUUAAACUCGCCAAAGAGAUAUUUGGGACGCUAAAGAGUAAGCCGCACGGUUCCCAGUUGUAUGACGUGUUUGUUGUUGAUAACACAAAGUCUGGCAGUCGAUCUGAAUGUCCUGAAGUUAUGCGCUUGCGUGAGGAAGUACUUGCUGUUGCCAAGGAGUUACCGCACGUAAAUGAAGUUAUUCCAAUCAAAUGGCUGAGAUACGAGAAAGCUCUUGAAACGCUAAAGAACAAAGGAUACAAAUGGAUCUCUCUUACGCAAGCGAAACACAUUAUGUCCAAAGUAUGCAGCAUUAACAACGAUGGCGAGAUGCUAACAUUGUUGAACUUUUUGCAUGACCUGCGACUUUUAAUUCAUUUUGAUGACACUUCAGAGCUGAAUGAUGUAGUGGUCUUGGAUCCUCAAUGGCUGAUUGACGUGUUCAAGGAAGUAAUUACGGUCCGACCCUAUCACUCGAAAGACAAGCGAUUUGUUGAUCUAUGGUGUCAACUUGAGAGAGAAGGAAUUCUAGAAGAAAAGCUUCUAAGACAUGUUUGGAGUUCUUUGAUUCGACGGACAGAAACGUGCGAAUGUCUUAUUGCAAUAAUGGAAAAAUUCAGCUUACUCUGCCCCUUGCCGUUACCUGUAGAUGGUUCACGCAGCAAGCAGUAUCUGGUGCCAUCUAUGUUGAAGUCACAUCCAACAAACGCGAUCAGUGAUCUGGUUGCAUCUGCACAAAUUCCACCUCUUUUUCUUAAAUUUGAAACUGGCCAGGUUCCUGCAGGCUUCUUUCCCCGGCUUGUUCUGGAGUUCUUUCGAUGGUGUAUUGACAGAUUUCCGCGGCAAGAACCACCACAACUCUUCAACGGGUUUGCGAGAUUUUACAUUCAGCCAGGAGAAGGCCGCUCUGUGGUCCUACUUUGCCACUCUUUGUCCAUCGAGCUUCUUAUCCUAACCAGUAAUAAAACUUUUGACACUUCUGAUGGGAACUUGGCCUGUGCUGUUCGUACCCAGCUUGCUUCGAUGAUCAAAUGCAUGCAAAACAAGUUCUUUUGGGUCAAGAACGUUGUAUGUGAGCUGAAUUUCUUAUGCCCAGUUUGUUGUCGAGGACGUGAAGUCAGGUUCUGCCGAAAUCACCACGCAGAAGGCUGCAAGAAGGAGGAAUGUCUUCACUUUUUUCCAGAUUCUAAACUAGUCACUGGUGAUAAACAGGUCUUCUGCAGCAGAUCCGCCACUGCCCAAGAUAACCGAGUUUUAGUCGCACACUUUGCGCCUUGGUUUCCAUCUGAGCAUGACAAGCAGGAAUUGUCUGAUGAACAGGAUGGAAGACUUCUCAUUUAUGUGCAAGGUCAUUGCGACACAUCCCUUGCAUUACCUUGCGAAGUUCUUACAACUCUUCAAUCACAAUUGGACAGUCGGCCCGAAAAUGUAGUAGAUAAAUUUCUACAGAAUCUGCAGCUGGAAUACACGUCACUGGAACAGCCAGAGCCUGAGACCAGGAAGUGGAUCCGUUGCCUGGCUAGGAAAGCAAACGAUUUAAAUAGACUAGAUGUGGUGAAACACUUAAGACAGAUUACACCAGCAGGAGCUACGGGUCCUCUACUACCGAAAGAUUUGCGUGUGCUAGACAUUCCUCAACAGCAGAAAAGUGAUCUUUCAGUGUUUUUGUCCGGUGGGGACGAAUGGAUGCUGCUUGCUGAGAGAAUGGGUCUCAAUUCAGAGCGGAUUCGUUUCCUUGACAGACGUUAUCCAAACUCAGCUGGUGCUCUCUUGGAUUAUGUUGGAGAACGGAGUGACAUGACUGUGGGAAAUCUUUAUGACCUGUUUAAUGAAUGUGGGCUACCUGGAUUAGCCGAUCGAUUAUGAAAAGACCAAGCUUCAAUGGUUUCGGUUUUACUGAGUUGUUUGUUAUCAUGAUAGUUAUAUCUAGUCCAAGCGAUCAGUUUUAGUAUUAACUGUCACCUUUGAAUCCGUCGACUGCACUUAGGAAAAGAAGCAGGACCUGUGGUGGACAUUUCCACCAAUCACAACCUUACUAUUAAUUUGACUAAUCCAAGGCAAUCAAUAUUCGUAGCCAAUCAGAGAACGGCAUCUGUGUUUGAACCCUAGUAGAUUUAGAUUAAUACUGAACAGACGCAUGGCAACAUGCAUGGAAUCUAUUUGUUAAUAAUGAAGGAAAUUCACAGGAGGGUGAAUUCCUCAGUUCCAGCUUGGUAUUGUAAUAUAUCAUAGUAUAUCAUAUUUUUGCCCACAUGAUUUCGAAAUUACUACUUGUAAUUAUAAGUAAUUCUACUAAUGAGCUUACAACACAGGCUAUCAUAUCAGUACUUUAUUGAACAUUGCAUCACUGUAAGUAUUUUAAAAACUGUUUCUCCCCGGACGCUCUCCCCAAGUUCUUUAGUCUAGACGCCGGUUAAGCCGGGCCUGAUACUGCUACCAGGGUUAUGUACAUGAUACAUGACCGAAGCCAGUAUUAAAGGCUGAGCGAAGUCAGUGCUCUUGCAAAAACUUUAACGCACAUAAAUUACAGCUCAGGGUAGCAGCUAGAACACAAAAAAAAUAAACUUCAAAUUGCAGACAAGGCAAGGUUCACAAUAGAUACACAGGAUAAAACUAAAAAGCAAGACUACAUUGUAGUAAUUUAACUAUAAAUCAUGCAAACAUAUAAGUUAAACAACAUGAAUCUAAUUUGCAUUGCGAUAUCUACAGUUAUCAACGAUUAAUAUCUCUCACUGUGGACAGGAAUAAAACAACUAUUUAGAAAUAUAUCAAGCUUACAAACUUCAUAACACUCUAGAUGUAUAAUUACUACAUUGCCGUUGUUAGUGUAUUACUAUUAAUAUUGUUUAAGUUUUGUAUUGAUCCUUACAGGCAGCAGAAAUAUUAGAAAAAUGUAAGCACAUACAAUGCUUCGUUGUCUUGGUAAGUGUUCCGCGCUAGCUACAUGCAUGUUUUAACUAUUCUUAACUAUAAUCCAUCAAAUAUUUUUUGCUUGCGCGUGGUUUUUCUAAAUUAAACGCGUCACGUGAUUCAAUACGUCCCAGCUAAAACUGGGGAAUGUCCGAGUGAUAUUCACCAAUUUUCAAAAGAGCACGCGUUGCGAAAAAAUAUUUAAG